AUGGGCUCGCAGCUCUCCGGAGGGCCCGGCGGGAGGAGCCGCUGGUCAGCCAGAGGCUCCCGCCGGCAGGUUCUUGAGCUGCUCAGAGGCGUGCAGAAGGGUUCAGACGAUAGGAAAAGAUGGCUCAGCCACCUCCGCUGGGCUCUGCAGAACAAAGAGACUCAGCAGAAGUUUGUCAGGCUGGACGGCAGCAUCCGGACACUCAUCGGACUCUUCACCAGCAGCCUGGCUGACAUACAGAUGGAGGCAGCUCGCUGUCUCCACGAGCUAUCCCACUCCAGUGACCCUGCUGUGGCUGAGGCAUGUCUGCCAGUGACCUCCUAUCUCCUCACCUACCUCUCAGGACACAGCAUUGAGUUCACGGAGCUGUGUUUGUACACGCUGGGGAACCUGGUAGUAGAAAGCCAAGCCAUAAGGAAGCAGCUUCUGCCUCAGGGCAUCAUUCCAGUGCUGGCAUCCUGCAUCCAGUCCCCGCACGAGGCUGUGCUGGAAGGUCUGGGCUACCUCCUCUCACAGCUCCUCCAAGCCAAGGAAGCCCCCACAGAGAUCAUACCCCUGGUUCUGGACUCUGUUCUCCCCCAGCACAUGCUUCGACUGGUUUGCUCUGGCCUCAAGGCUGGGCUGGGAGCAGCCGUGGAAUUUGCGUGGUGUCUCCACUACAUCAUUUGUAGCCACACAGCUGAUGCAGCAUUGCUGACGCUGGGAGCCCUGCCUGCCCUCGUCUCACUCUUGCUUGACCUGGCUUCUGAAAUGCCCCAGGAUGCUCCCGAGGGCCUGGAGCUGCUCGUAUGCCCAGUGCUUCGGUGUCUCGGCAACCUGCUGGCGGAGGAGUCGGGCUGCGAAGCGCAGAUCCAGGACGAGCGCCUGCUCAUCGCCCUCUUCCUAGUCCUAGAGCACUUCUUCCAGCAGCACCCCUUCCUCAUCCAGGAGGGGCUCUGGCUGUUGAACAACCUCACAGCUGAUGAACCCUUCUUCUGCUCUGCUCUGCUCUCCCUGGGCUUGCUCCCAGCCCUGCUGCAGCUCCUGCCCUGUUCUCAGAUGGCCACUGUGUUGGUCCUGACAAUUCUGUGCAAUAUAGCGGAGAAGGGACCAGCCUACUGCCAGCACCUGCACCAGCAGCCCGUCCUGCCCCUGCUGCUGCCCACCCUCUCGCUGCCUGACCCCGAAGUGACUGCUGCUGAUUUUCUCAGGCAAGGUGGGCACGGGGCCCUCGAGCAGCACCAGAGCACCCCACAACUCCAGGAGCGGGCACAAGCUCUGCUGGGCAUGGUCGGACAGCCCCUGGGAGCCUCCAGUUCCUGCCACACCGUGCUGCCUGCCUUCUCCUAG